AUGAAACUCAGCUCGGCUCUUCUGUUCGCGGCUCUCGCGGCUCCUCCUCUCGUCUUGGCCGCGAAACCAAGAAACUACAUCUACUUCCUCCCCGAUGGCUACGGUCCUGCCUCCGAGGUUCUGGCCCGCGACUUUGCCAAUUACAAGAACAACGACACCGAGAAGCUGCCGGUUGAUAACAUGGCGAUCGGCUACGUUCGCACGUUUGCUACCGACACCCUCGUCACUGACUCGGCCGCGGCUGCUACCGCUUACGCUUGCGGUCAGAAGACGUACAACGGCGCUAUCGGCGUCGACGAUGACUAUCUCCCGCUCGGAAACAUCGUCGAGGCUGCUAAGCUCGACGGCUUCAUGACUGGUCUCGUCGUGACCUCGCGCAUCACGCACGCCUCCCCGGCUGGAUUCUCGACGCACACCUACUACCGUGACCUCGAGGCCGAUAUCGCCGACCAGCUCGUCGGUCUCGCGCAUCCGCUCGGCCGCGUCGUCGACGUCAUGAUGGGCGGUGGCCGGUGCUUCUUCCUUCCCCAGUCGGACGAGGACUCCUGCCGCGAGGACGACGUCGAUCUCUGGUCUCUUGCCCAGACCGAUUAUAACUGGACGAUGGCCGUCGAGCGUGAGAAGUUUGAUCAGCUCCAGAACGGUCUGGUCGAGGACCCUCCUUUGCCGUUCGCGUUCAUUCCUAACCUCGACCACAUGAUGUACGAGGUUGAUCGUGAGUCUACUCUCGAGCCUGCGCUUCACGAGAUGGCAAUCGCCACACUCAACAUGUUGGAUAAGCAGACGCAGAACUCGAGUAAGGGCUUCUUCCUGUUCGUCGAGGCGUCGCGAAUUGAUCAUGCCGGUCACGCGCACGAUCCCGUCGGCCAUCUGCACGACAUUCUCGAGUACAACCGUGCCAUGGACGCGAUCGCUCAAUGGAUUGAUGACGGACACUCUGAUACCGCUCUUCUCUCGGGCGCGGACCACGAGUGCGGUGGAUUGACUCUCGGUGUUCCGGAUUAUGCCUGGUACCCUGAGGUUCUCGACACUGCGAGCGGAACGGCUGAGUACUAUGUCAACAUCUUUGAUGCGUUCAACGAGACUCUUAGCAACUCCACCACCGCGGACAAGUACACCUUCCUUCUCGACCAUGUCUUCACUCCCUACGGAAUCACAAACGUCACCACCGACGAGCUCGCCGCUUUCUUCACCGCCGACGACGCCGCCAUCUACCUCGGCGAGCUGCUAUCCGCACGCGCGGGCAUCAACUGGUCCACCACCGGCCACACCGCAGUCGACAUCACGCUCUUUGGCCACGGUCUCAACACCGACUCUCUCGUCGGCAGCUGGGAGAACGGCGAAGUCGGCAACUUCAUGGCCGGCCAGCUCGGUCUAAGCCUUGCGAACGUGACCAAGCUCCUGCGGGCUAACGAGUCGUUUGUCCAGGCUAUUGGUCCUGAUGCCGAGGGAAAGAAGCUCAUCAAGCGGUUCCAGCUGCAGCACGACCACGAGCAUAUGCAUGAUGGAGCUUUCCACAAGCAUUAA